CGAGCGAAAGUCCGAGUGUACGAUGGCCGACCACUAUCGAUGCCUCGAGGCGGCCGUCGCAGAGGCGCUCCUGGCACACAUCCAGUGCUGGUCAUUCAAGACGGCUCCCUCAAGCGUCAGCCGAGAACGGAACGCCAAGUUUUACACUGGCUGGAGCCCGUGGGUGUACUCUAGCUUCCUGUCACCGAACGAACUCGACGACUCCGGAUACCACAGCCUAUCUCGCAGGCCCUUCGGAGAGGCACCAGCCAAGACGCCACAGCCGGGCUCAAGAAAACAGGAGGUUGCUGACAUCAGACAACGGUUCCCAUCGAAGAUACCGGUGAUUGUGGAACGCUAUGCCAAAGAAAAGAACCUCCCACUCCUAGACAAGACAAAGUUCCUGGUUCCUCAGGAACUUACCAUGUCCCAGUUCGUGUCCAUUGUGAGAAACAGGCUGCAGAUCAGUGCCUGCCAAUCAUUCUACCUGCUUGUCAACAACAGAAGCAUGGCCAACCUGUCCAAGACCCUGUCCGACGUUUAUGCAGAGUUCCAUGACGAAGACGGCUUCCUCUACAUCACAUAUGCCUCCCAAGAAAUGUUCGGCUUUUAGGAGAAGCAACACGGAUUGUUACGUGCAUUUU